AAAACAUUCACUGAGGGAACUCCCUUGAACACCCUGUUCCAUUGUGAUGUGACUACAAUUUACACUUAAAAAAUCACACAGUGAUGUAACCACAAUUUACAAUUUAAAAAAUCAACAGCUGGUGGCCUGCCCAUUCCUUCUUCAGUGAGAGCCAACAUCACAACCAGCUGAGACCAUCUGUUACGGAAAGAAAAUGGCCGCCAAGCGAGGGGAUUCAUCAGCCCUGGGCCUUCAGUUCCCGACUGUGGUAGACCAAGGGGUGAACACCACCAUGAAAAUGGAGGACGAGGACCCAGAAGAUCUGAAGCCAGAGCUGAGAUUGGAGGAGAGGAGAGAAGACCCUCACGCCGCCCACUCGGGGACAGCCGGGCAGUGCCCGCGAUGGAGAACACCGCUGCAUAUUAAACAGGAACCGGAGGACGGGCUUUCGACUCAGCAGUGGGAGGCUCAGUGGCAUGAUUUCCUUGGGGGGGUACAGCCACCUCAGGUAGGAUGGGGAACCAGGGAACUCCCAGGGGGCACACCAUGGGGGGACAUGAAAGCCCCCAUGGUUCAUUUUGAGGGGUCCACGUCCGCUGCCCAGCAUCCCGCGGAAGGACCAUUUAUCCACUCACUGCCGGCUUUUGACGGAACCACCCAGCAAACCAACAGCAGGCCAGAUUCUAGAAGUGGCAGAGAGUUGAGGAAAGUGAAGGAGGAGGUGGGGUGCGAGGACGCUAUCAGUGCAGAGGUGCAGCGCCGACACUUCAGGCAGUUUGUCUACCAGGAGGUCGAGGGGCCCCGAGAAGUUUGCAGCCGUCUGUGGGAGCUGUGCCACCAGUGGCUGAAGCCAGAGAGGCACAGCAAGGAACGGAUCUUGGAGCUGCUGAUCCUGGAGCAGUUCUUGACCAUCCUGCCUCCAGAAAUGGAGAACUGGGUCAGGGAAGGUAGCCCGGAGACCUGCAGUCAAGCGGUAGCCCUGGCGGAAGACUAUCUUCUGAGGCAACGAGAGGACGGCAGGCAGGAACAGAAGGGGCCAGGGAUGUUCCAUGUAGUGACCGUGAAUUUCCCCGACACUGACCAGGCAUCACUGGAAAAUGCACAGAGGCAGCUCGGCAGGCAAAUCAAGCAAGAGGGUGGAGGAGAUAGCCACUCGAUGGGUAACGAUGGGCCUGAAGGCGAGGAGGCCGCUGUGUGGAAAAGCUCCGGGCAAACGGAUCCACAAGGGUCAUUGCCGGGGACUGCCGGAGAUACGAGCAGGGAAGGUAACUCUGAGGCUCUGAAAGGGUCCCAGGGAAGUGCCCCCCAGGCAAGCGAAGGGAGCGCCUCUGGGGAGAAGCAGUCACUGUGCUCAAACUGCGGAGGCAUUUUCAAUCCAAACACAGGGCUUCUCGGGCCGGAUGGAGCGAACCCUUACAAAUGCUCGGUGUGCGACAAGAGCUUCUGCCAGGUGGCGAAACUCAUCGCACACGAAAGGCUCCACACGGGUGACUGGCCGUACAAGUGCUCUUUCUGCGGGAAGAGCUUCAACCGGAGCUCGGACGUCUCCCGGCACGAGCGGAUCCACACGGGGGAGAAGCCCUUCCAGUGCACCACCUGUCAGAAGUGCUUCAGCCAGCGAUCCAAGCUGAUCGUCCACGAGAGGUUCCACACGGGCGACAAGCCGCACACGUGCUCGUACUGCGGGCGGAGCUUCCACCAGCGGUCAGACCUCGUGAAACACGAGCGCAUCCACACGGGCGAGAAGCCGUACAAGUGCUCGGACUGCGGGGGGAGCUUCCACCGGAGCUCUGACCUCGUCAAGCACAAGUGGAUCCACACAGGGGAGAGGCCGUACAAGUGCUCGACGUGCGAGAAAAGCUUCCGGCAGCGCUCGGCGCUCCUCUACCACGAGAGGACCCACACGGGGGAGAAGCCGUACACGUGCUCGGCCUGUGGGAAAGGCUUCAGCUGCAAAGCGCACCUGGUGCUUCACAAACGGACCCACACGGGGGAGAAGCCGUACAAAUGCAAUUUCUGUGGGAAAAGCUUCACCACCAGUUCGUACUUUGUCAAGCACCAAAGGAUGCAUCUGGGGCAAGAACCGUUACCGAUGCACUGAAUGGAGGAAUACCCACAGUGGUAGAGCAGAAACACGCUAUCAGUAGGAGACUUGUUGUCGGACUGUACCACUUCAGUCUGUGGGAGAAAAACUGAAUCUUUGAAUGUUGCCUUGACUCUCAAAAAUCUCUUUGCACAUGCAAAAACCAGCAUUGCAGGGAAGUGGGUUCAAGUUCCACCUUUCCCCUGACGUGCUACGUUCCUAUAAAUGGGGAUAUUUUUUUCCAUGAAUGGGGGAAUGUUCAAGCAUUCCUUGACCCCCGAGGCUGACGUGGUACAUCCCAGCAGCAACAGUAACAUCAGGAAAAAGUCCUGCUGAUGGUCUGAACUGGCUCUUACAUUUUUGCAAUGACCAGAGAAUAAAACACUUUCACACAUACAGGAGGGAGGGAGAG